AGCUUCCCAUUUAACCGUCUGUCCUGAUCCGUCUGCCUGUCUGUGAGUCACCCUGGAUCAGAUAGUCUGGUCUUUGUAGAAGGAGGGAGAGAGCAUCCAAGAGCAGGACCUUUUAAAACACAAACCAGCAGAGGAAGAGGAGAAAACCUGGAGUGACGGACACCAUCACACCCAUGAGAGACAUGGGGGGAAAAGAGAAGACGGUUUUGGUGAUUACAAACGCGCCCGAAUACAAAGGGUGAGUCUUUUUGGUGACUUAUUUCUCUGUUUCUCAGAUUGGCAUCAGAAGAGCGGCAUUUUUGGUGACGGUUCGUGUUAUUCUUCAGAGUGGCACAGCAGUCUUUAACGUGCAUUUUGCCCAUGUUUUGCAUUCUGACACCUCCUUUCCCCUGGUGUCGCUUACGCUCAGAGCAAGGUGCCACUUGUCAAGUUACACGGCACUCUGAUUUACUUUGUGCACAUUCGCUUUGCACUUAAUUUGAUCAGACAAAAGAGGUUUUUUUUCCACCUUUUCCUCAUGGAGAGAAUAAAAAAAAACAUCAGAAAAAGGAGUUUGACAUAAAAACAAAACAACCAGAGAUUCUCUGCUUUAUGUGCAACUGAUCUACAAACAUCAAUCUAGUAAAAACUACAAUAAAGAGAUUGUAAUGAAGCUAUAAAGGGUACGUUUGUGCAGCUGUGGCUAAAAUAAGAGCUGUGCUUUGUUCUUGGCGAAAUGGAAAAGUACACCGAGUGGUAGAAGAUCUUUAGUUACACACUUGUGCAGAAGCUGCUGAGCUGUUGUCAGUGUGAAGGAUUGGAGAGGCUGCAGCAACCUCUGAAUAUGUUUGUUGGUGUGUAUAUCAAUGCAUACGCUGCAGCAUGUGAGUGUGUGAGUGUGUGUGUGUCUCAGAAGCCAAUAUAAAGUAACUGUACCCAUAAGUAUUCUGCAUCUGAAUUUAUAUAUGUGUUUAUUGUAUUCAGCACUUGACGGCGGAAUAUCAGGGUCGCCCAGGUUCGUUAAAAGUCCUGGCACCGUCCGUCCGUCCGUCCUGAGGGAACAUCCUCAGUUCAGCUAUUUGCAUUCGACACUCCGGAGAGCUAUGGCGAUGAGACAUUGAUCAUGUCUUGGCUUUCAAGCUGCCGCGAGCUGGCAGCGCCGGGGAAGAGGGAAUGCCAGCUUUAGUCAGAGGAAAAUAAACCUGUUGAUCACUUGAUAUUAUCGUGUUGGACACUCAUCAUUCUUAAUAUGAUUCCUAUUAAUGUGAGAAGAGUCUGCGGUCACCUGAGGAUUCUGUCUACUGGGGAAAAGUCUUUUCGUCUGCUUGUGAUUGAGGUGGGGGGUCUCCUCUUACUCCUUGCUCACUGAAUUUUUCUGUUUGCUUUCUUUGGUCGAGUUGAGAUCAGAUUUAAUCUGACAGUAAUGUCCUGUAGCCGUUUAUUCUCUUUUGUACACGCACAUACGCUCAGAGACACCUCCUUCACAUUCCUAUGGUUUAUAGGCUUCGAUGGCUGUUUCCAUGCAACUACUAAACCGACACAACAGAGGCCCCUGAGAGAGAUAGCACCCUCUGUGUCCAUUCAAGCCGGCCCCUCCUACUAAAGGCUUUUGGGAGUAGACCCUCUAUGCUGGCAUGAUACCUAAAAAAGCCCCCUAAUCUGCCCUGUUGCUGUUUCUGUACCACAUAGCAAACAAAUGCACUUUUACACAAGUUUAUUUAUUAUACAUGUAGACACGCACACGUGCACCUGACACAUGCAGCAGCAGCAGCGUGUCCCCCUCACCACUUAACCAUAUCUCCACUGAGAGCGUCUGCAGUGACUGUUUACCUAGCAGCAGAUACACAAAGCAGACACUGAGAUGAUAUCUUAAAUAUCACUUCACGACAACCUACAUGAAGUUUUGACGUUGCUGAACAGGAUCACCCCUGCUCAUUGUGCAACAUUCAAGCCCGGUUUGUUAUUCCACUCCGGCUCGGAUGAAGACUGACAUGCCCCCUGCUCUGAUGGAUAAAAAUAAAUAAUUUGGGUUUUAUAGUUGGAAAUACGCCACUAAUUCUUGUUUAAUUUUCUAUAGAUUAUAAAUUAAUCAAUUCAAACAAAAGGUAAUAUUUCAGGAGUUGAAAGACGCGUUGGGCCGAAUCUCAAAGGGCACCACUCUUCCUGCUCAAGUGUCACAGAGUGCAACCAAGACAACAAGCGUCAUCUGUGUUUUGUGUGGAGUAAGGACACAGUGGAAUGAUAAGCACCCGCUGUGAACAGCUGUUGAUAAUCAGAAAAUAGCACGACUGCGUAAGCUAAGUGUCGUUGAUCCAUACGUGUUAAAUCCAGAAGAUACAGCGGGGAAAUACACAAAUAUACGAUGACGAGGAAGCUGUUUUGUCCUGUUUUAGUAUUCUGGGCCAAGUUAUGGUCAGACACGCGCAGGCGCCAUAAAAGAGUUAUGUUGUGUGUCAUAUGAACAUCCACACGGCUAUGAAAUGGUCGUCGUUUACAGAUUUAUUCACUCUCUGACCUGUUUUCAAAAAGUACCGUUUACAGUCACCUGAAACGCUGUUUCUGUGUGAAUGAAACGCCGAUACAACAAAAAACUUUAGCGUUUACUCCUGAAUUUGUUUCUGUGUGGAUGAGUUGAUAUCACCUUCAGACAGACUUUGUACCAAUUCCACACAACUGACUCGCUCUUGUCCUAUUUAGCCACAAAAUUAUCGCCGUCUUUUGCAAACGCCAUGUUUGUUUACACUGGUGUUUGUGGGAACUGGGGAGUGCUCCCACAGGAAGGGGGAGCCCACGCUGGCCUGGAGUGGCGAGACAUGAUAGAGAGGAAAGUCAAGGGAUGAUUUAAAUUUUUUUAACAUCAUAAUCAAAUAAUCCGAUUACGAUUUAAUAUUGAUUAAUCACGCAGCCCUACAAAACUGAUAAACUGCAUUGUAUAUUUCGACAAAUGAUGAUUAUGUGGAUGUUUAGUGAAAAGGAUAUAUAACAGCAGUGAGCUGAUGGCCUGUUUUAAACAUGUAUGUAACCGAUGAGACUCCACCCAAACUCAACCAAACAGUGGGUCGACCAAGAAAGAAGCAAAGAGUUGGGGUUGAAGUGAAUCUUGGUCUCCUUGGUUACGGUGUGCCGUUUGCAGUCAGCUGUGCUCUCAAUCAUGUGAAACUUGUACUUUUAAUAUUUUCAAAUUUAAUAAGUUAUUAAAAAUCCACACAGAUAGAAAGAUGAGCCAUUCAGACUAGAAUCUCCGUAAACAUGUUGAAUUUUGCUGAUCGGAGCCUCAUCAAGCGGCAAACUCGAGGAAGUGACCACCAAACACUCAAUGUCAUCUAGGUGUCUUUUUUCAGGCUAAUUUAGCCCAAAAAAUUUAGACAGUCCGAAUCUAGAUGUUGUUUAGACGUAUGGUGAAGACGUCUUUUCAACCUUUUGCUUGGUGGAGGCAGUUUUAAUCUCUUCCACAUCAGCUUCAUUUCUCGACUGGAGGUUUCUGCUUGGCUUUUAAAAGCAGGAGGCGAAUGCCGAGGGCCGACUGCCUCCAGAGAGAAGAGAAGGAGGUUAGUCAUCAACAUUUGGAAACAGCCAACAAGAACCUGAUGCUUGUGAAAAAGGCUGACGGUGGAGAAAGAUACUCUGCAGCAGGAGCUGUAGGUCCUUAAGGGAGAGUCCUUUAAUGAAGAGAGGGGUAAACAGAGAAGCUUGAAUCAUCAGCUGCAGGAAAGGCCAGUGGAAGUCUUGAAACAGCUCAGCAGGAGGCUGUAAAGUAGGGGUGUGCAGUAUGGACAAAAUGCAGCGCACUCCCCUGCUGCUCUGCUGUCUGUAUGUUGGAGCUUUGGGGAAUCAGGCUGACACACACAAGCAUAAGCAGAGGAAUGCAACACCCUGCCUGUUUACUCCACUGGACUUAAGCUCCUUCGCUGUAUUCUGGUUUACAGGAUCAAGACUUUAUGACAGGGCUACUCGCUAAAAGCCUGUUUUAUUUUUGUUUUCUGCGGCGACGUAAGAGGCUCGGUAUGUCUGUGCAAAUCCAAACUUUAUGAACAGACACUGACAGAUGAUCACGGGGAGCUGCUGCGAAAAAUAAAAGAGUUAAAGCUCAGUAUGUUUGAGGUUAUAACAGUGCUUCAUUAGCCUACGUGUACGGUUCUUUCUUCUGUUUUCCCUGAGGAGAGUUUGGAUCUGGAUUAUCUUCCAUCUGCAAACAUUUGGAAAUGACUGUCCAGUUUAUUCCUACUCUGUGAUCCUGGUGCCAUUUUGGGUCCCUUGUCGAAGACUGACACACACACACACACACACACACACAGGGGUGUUGGAGUGUCACCUGUUACCUCCUUGUCUAUUAUAGUGUCUCUGUUUUUAACUCUCUCUAUUGUUCACAGCUUGUACCUUGUUAACCCAAGGCUUUGCGUAGACACAACUACGGCAUUCACAAACAGUCCAGAUGAAUAUUUAAUAAUACUAAACGCAUUAUUUUUAUUGCUGUCCGUGUGUGUUUAAUCGGCCUUGAAGCUGGUAUAAAUAGAUUUGGGAUAUUUAAUGCGCUCGGCGGGCAGGUUUGAACUUUGAUUUCGCCUCUCAUCACUUUGCUCUUAUGGCACAUUUGGCAUUGGAGGGGGGAUCCCUUUUUUUUUUGGUCCCAACACAGACAGUUGGACCCCCACAGUCCUCAGGGCUUUCAUGAUUCAUAGCUACUUGAAGAGUUAUGAGACUCAUGCGGAUCUUCCUAUCGGUUACAUGGAGGGAUUACGAUGGAGAGGACAGAUUGGAACCCCCCUCGACAUUUUAUAGAGAGGGGGAUUAAACAGGGCCGCCAAGCAAAGUAAACAGACACAAACUACAGCAUUGCUUGGACAGCGGCACACUGGCUACUCGUAUGCAUGCACACAUUAAACGCAGCCGCAUACUUUAGAAAAUACCCUUAUGUAACGUGUGGUUAAAGCAACAACUGCAUCGAGUCAAAGCGACCACAAUGGAAAGCGAUCUGUUCGGGUUGAAUUCCUGUCUGCCCGGCAACCAGCGCUGUGACAGCUCCUACCUCCUAAUGGUUUUUCACUGAUGGAGGUUUUCCAUUUCUGGUGAUAGUGUGCCCCUUGACCCUCCCUCGCCCUGUACUACUGAGGACCCAAAAUAAAGUCCUUUAAAGUGAGUGACCCGGGUCACCAGGCCUAGCGGGGUGACGGGGCUCUCCAGGGCUGCAAGUCAUCUCAGCUGCAGCCGACACCGUCAAAACAGGAAUCCGAUUCUUGAAAGGCGCUCCGCAAAAACAGGCCGAGAGGUGGCCGGGUCGGCCAACUGUUGUGUCUCAUGGGGGGGUAGAAGAACUUUUCACUUCCUGUUACCAAGAGGUUGUGUUACAUUUACGUAAAACAUUAUUUGUGAUACAGUUACAUUCACCUUUUUAUUUCUAGGAUCACUCGGAUGAUCACGGGUCGUACAUGAAUAAACAGAACGUGCAUCAUCACAAGUGGUCACAUUUAAUCUGUUAAAGGUACAGAGCGCAAUAUUUAAAAUUGAGAGUCUUUAAAUCUGCAAAAUACGGCACCGAACAAACUAACUCGUAGAAUUAAACGAAUAGCUGCCCCGAAUUUCACCAACUGGAACAUCAAUAUCUAACUUUUGAUUGUGCUAAAUAUUCCCAUUUCUACUCCUAUUUCAAUUGAAAUGAGUUAAAGACAGUUCAUGUUUAAUUUGAUGAAUCGGUGUAGAUUUCAUAUGCAGCACUUCAAUGUAAAACUCAUGCAUAUUGAAUUUCCUUUUGGGGAUAAAUAAAGUUCUUAUCUUACAGCAAUUACUGGACAAUUUUCCAGCGAAUAUUUUCACCAUCUUCCACGACUCAACGUUGAAUCAUUUGCUGCUCAAACAUGGGGUGACAUUGCUCUUUGGUAAAGUUUGGUAUGCUCGUGCAGAACUUCUGCUCGCUAUCGUUAAAAAAAAAAUAGCACCUACGUAUGACCUUCGGUGACCUUUGGAGAGCCUUUGACUUUACUAAGGCCAAAAGUCACAGUUUAUUGGUUGUGCGUGCCUCUAAUGCAGAUCUACGCCGACAUUUGAUUGGUUCAUCUUUGAGCUGUAAUUGCUUUGAACAUAUAAUCCAACUAAAAUUGAUAAAGAACUUUGAUUGGGGUGUACUCAUUUUUGCAUCCUGAUUUUAAAUUGAAAAAAAUACAUUUUUGUAUGCAACUUAAAAAAUCUUGUUUGCAAUCAAUGACCUACAUUUGGGGGAGUAUUUUGUUUUAUUGUCCUACAUAGAAAAUGUUGAUUUGACAGGAAACUAAACAUCUCUGAAGGGGUGUACUUAUUUAUGCUGAGCACUGUAGUUGCAUAUGUACCUACAGUGUCCCGCCUGGAUAAAAGUAAAUACAUAAAGAUCAAAAUAUAAUACAGUUAUUUGAUAUGAAAUAAAAUAAUGUAGUCAUAAAUCACUGCAUGUAAAAACCCAGCAUAAGUAGCAGUGACAGGUGCCUCCCUGGUCGCUCUUUCAGUUUUAGCUCUGCAGCUGAAAUCCUACCCUGAGAAAGCCCCUGAUGCUGGAGAACAGGCCUGGCUGCUACACGCAGACCACAUCCCAUACUCAGUCUACGCUGAAACUACAACCACGCUCUGACCUCUGUAAUUGUCAAGCAGAGGCAGGACAUUUACACUCAGGGGGUAUAAAUAUCCCCCCAGUGAUCUUCCAUGACUCCCUGUGAGGCUCAACAGGUAGGGCGCAGCGGAAAGCCAGCUGUCUCCCCCCACAUCAUCAGUCAUCCAGUUUGGAUCCAGACUUGCAGACUGCUGAUCGGUCUGAUCAAAGCAUCUGCGGUGCCCUCGUUUCAACAGCGUACAUUAAAGUUGUGUAAUAACCCUGAGAGGAGAUUUUGUGAUUUUCCACUUCUCUGAAUGUCGGAGUCCUUUUAAUAAUCGGGUUUUAUAAGCAGAGGUGCAAAGCAGCAGUGAGGGCUCUUCUAUAUCAUCGUGGAUUUACAGGAUUGUUGCAUGAAUGUGAAGCAGCGCCCUGAUAUUAAAGAUAAUUGAUUCACUGUAUUAGAUAAUGUUAGAUUUACAGACUGGGGUUAUUUAUAGUCGGCAGCUUAAGACUGCUCUAAUUUACUGCUUUGUAAUGACUCUGCUGGUUAUAUUCCUCUCCGCUAAUGAGCAAAAACAAACUACGCUAACUUGAGACAACUUUGAGGAGCUUUAUGUAAUUAAUUAACACCACCAUUAAAGCCAUCAUGAUAAAUAAAUGUCUUGAACAAACAUAUUUUUUUUUUAAAUGGUGAUUUAAACUCUUAAUUUACGUGAAUAAGCUUUCAUUAACGUUUUAUCUCUGUUUUGAUUUCAGGUCAGACAAGAAGACUCUGAGUACUGAGUCUGUUUCCGGAAAAAAGAACGGGAAACCCCCGACAUCCGCCGUACCGCCUCCCAUUCCCAUGUCGCCCAUCGUAGAGAAAAUGGAGGGGCUGAAGGCCAUCCGUAACCGCAGCAACAGCCUGCGUCUGGGCCGGCUGGCUUUCUACCGACACCUGGAGAAGGUGGAGACCAUGCGCUGCUUCUGGGAGCUCAAACACGUGGAGCUGGAGGGAGGAAACCAGCAGGUAACAUCGACACACCGUCCUCUAGUCUUAUAUGUUGAGACAAACUUGAAGAUAAAGUUAAUAAUGGUGGAUAUUAAAGGUGGGGUCGUCAGGAUCUGAGGAGGUUCCAGUUUUUAGGAGAAAUCUUGAAUGCAAACUCUACCCCUCCCAACCAGUUUCCCCCUCAGCUCCUCCUCUCCCCUCAAGCCCCGCCCACAAACAGACGCUCCUGCUCGCUCGUAUUGUUCCAAUUAAAUUCAGAUAUAAUGCAGAUAAAUCCUUCAGAUCAUUACAAAUGGGGCCCAGUCAAGGUGAAAGUCAAAAGCAUUGGUGCUACUGUAGAUGCCAACAGACUACCAGCAAACACAAUGUUUGCAGGACUUCUACAACGAGGAUAAAGUGACAUAGUCCAGGACCCGAGGGAGGACAGUUUAGCGAUGGAGCUACAACACGCUACAGCAGGUCCGUUUGACAAGAAACACUUCUGUUACAGACACUUGUCUUACUUUGUUAAAGCGGUUUACCUGUCCAGCAGAAAGGUUACAGGGUCUGUUAGAUCCCGAAGUGUCCCCCAUCGUUUAUGUUGACUCGGCUUCUUUGCUCUUGCCCGGACUACCUCCAUUUUAAGCGCUCAUUAUUCUGCCAGAGUCUCCGGUAUUUACUUUGUUUUAUUGCUUGUGUUUUCCGUUCUUUCUGGUUGGUUUCUACUGUCCGAUAUUGUAGCACGCUAACUUUGUUUGGGCUCGUGAACGACACGGGGGAGCAACAUCUGCCUCACAACCAAUCAGGUUAGAGGAGGAGGAGAACGGCUUUGUUUACAGUCAGAAAGAGCGGGCUGCUCAAAAAAUGUAAAAUGUUAACUGCACAGGCAUAAAAAAAACUUUGAUAUUGCAAUAUUACCAAAUGUUAUCAAUAACUAAAAGCUAUUGACUGAUAACAAAAACAUUUUUUGUAUAUACACCACAAAAAAAAAUUUGUUUGUUUUAUUUAUACAUACAUAUCUAUUUUUUUUCUCCAUAUUUUGUUUUUUUUCUCUUUUGCUUUUAUCCUGUUGUUUUUACUCUGUAAUGUGUCCUUGAGUGUCUAGAAAGGCGCUUAUAAAUUAAAUGUAUUAUUAUUAUUGUUAUCUACUGUCCUAAAAUCCAGUUUUGAUUGCGUCAGAUUUUCUGUUUUUGUGAAACUGUAAUGCUGCCUGAUACUGCCUGUGCUCAGCCUGAGCCUCAGUCAUCACUGUGUGCAGAGGGGGAAUCAGGGGAACUGAAAUAACUCCCUGCAGACGCUGUUCCAGCGCGCUGCACCUGUUGGCAGACUCAUCAUGUCCAGACAGGUGGAAUACAACGAGAACACUAGAGGGAGUCGUAGAUCUUUGCAUGCUUCGAAUCGUCCUCCCAGUUUGAAGCCUGUUAACUAUCAGCCAGUCUCACACGUUCAGUAAGACACGGGCUGAUAGAGCUGCGAGCCACAAACCCCGCAGCCACAAGGUGGAAGCACAGAGUCAGUUUGUUUAGAGAGACUUUUGCAUGAGUCACUGAGGAUAUCUCUCUUUGAGGAAAUUAAUGUGACAAAAUACUGUAUAAUUGACAAGAUAACUGAGUGGAAAAACCACAACCUCUAGGGUUGUCAAAAGUCAGCUUCUGAGUGUAUCAUUGAUCCAGCUGUGUGCUGCAUGUGAGGCAUCCCUGAGAUUCAGUGCACUCUUUGUAUUAAUUAAUUUCUCUUCUACCUUACAUAAGUGUUCGUAUGAGUGGAGUAAUGCUUUGUUUUUGAAGAGUGGAGAUGGGUGUAUGUUCGUCUGCAUGGGGUGUCCGGGAAGCUGCAAACUAGGGAUGCACUGAUCUGAUAUUUGGAUCGGAUAUCGGUGCCGAUGUUGACAAAUUAACUGGAUCAGAUAUCUGAUGAAUGAUGCCGAUCCAGCAUUCUGGUCCAGUCUUUUUAUUCUUUUAAUUAAUAUCAUACACAGAAACAUAUUAUUUGUUAAUAAUUAAAAGUAAGUAAAUUUAUAUCUGUGUUAAUUUGUCACCUUUUUUUUAACAAAGCUAAUGUCGAGCCUGAUACCUUCACUCACAGGGCGAGGUAAACAGUUCAUUCAUUCAACAGUAGUAUUGGAUCAGUAUUGGAUAUUGGCCGAUACGCUCAGCCCAGGUAUCGGUAUCGGUAUUGGAUUGGAUCUCUUCUGCAAACAUCACUCCUCUUGGUGCAGCAAAAUGCACUCACUGGUCUUGCCUUGUCGUGUUUUGCAAGUUGAACUCUGAAGCCUGAGCCCUCGUUCACACUCUCACAUUAGUUAAGUGCAUUGAGAAACUUGAUGCAGAUCACGUGCGCUCCAAAUUCUGCAGGGUGGUCAAAAUGGAUCAUCUGUGAUCCUUUCCACGCUGCUCAGGAUAUGCUCGUAUGAUAAAUUCGUAUAUGAAAUAAUUUCUUCGUCCGUGCGCCUCUUUUUCUGUUGGAUGUAGAUGCAGGUAAACAAUCGUCAGGAGAUGGUGUUUGCCUUGUUGAGAAUGUGUUUUGUUUGUUUUUAUUCGUCUCGUCAAACUUAUAAAUCAGCAGCGCUUUCCAAGAGACCACGGUGGAAAUAUUUCAGCUUCAUGGGAGGCAGCAUGUGUAACCAGAGAUCAUGAGCCUGUCACAGAGCUCAGGGAACAACUCUCUCACCACCCACUCCAUCUCUGAACUCCGACCUCAGCUGCACCUUUGCUCCAACACCUGUUUGUCCGUCUCCCCCCUGUGUGCUUCACUAUCCCCCCAUCCUCCUCACAUCACCACUUCACACCCCUCAUAGUUUAACUACUACAUACUGUUCCACGCCGUUAUCAGACACAUGCAGAUCCUUCAUUAACAAAUACGGUCACUCAGCUCUGCUCGCCGCACAGGUUCUCCUCAGAUUCCCUCUGAGGAAUAGUUUCCCCCCUCAGGGCUCCUGCUCUGUAACCCUUGACCUCACCUCACACCUGCUGCUGCUUGUUAAAUCAGCUGAUGUGCUCCAAAAAUUCCCACUUAGAGGAAUCGUGCAAAUCUAAUGUGUGACAGAGCAGUUUGGAGACAAAACUUGGCGUAAAAGAAAACUUUUAGUAGCUGCAGCUGCAUAGAAACUGAAUGUUGCUGAAUGAAGUGAAAGACAGUUAAACCUGGUUUGUCAUUUUCUCAAAUAAGGUAAAGUUUUAUAAUAAGUAGAGUAAUUUUCUACUCUUUCUUAUCCUGUCUGGUUGUAAAUAGAGUUGUUUUAGCCUUGUGCUGCUGGUUUAAUUCACCUCAGAGGAAAUUAAACGGUCAUUUCUCUCGACUGGUUCUUGUUUUAAUGGACAAACAUCACGUGGUUUGUUUUCACACACGUCCUGCCAUCUUAGCUGUUUGUGAAUGCUCAUCUUAAAUACAGGAUUGUGAUUGGUCCACUUUAUCUGACACUAAGGGUAAAUGUUUAGCAUGGCAGCAGCUUCAGAUCCACAUGCCAGCGAAAAUUAAUAUGAGCUGACCGAUGGUUCUGGUACAGCAGACUCCGGUCCUCCCCUGCUGGCCUUUAAGAGGAUGCAAGCCUGGUGUCACGUUUGAAACGGCUAUUAUAUUUGUUUCUGUGAAGUCUAUGCUGAGUGAGUGAAAAUAAAAUUUCAGGCCUAUACGCAGAAAAAACACGGACUCCUGAAUCUUAAAUCUAUCUAUAAAAAGUAUUCAGACACCGAGAUGUAAUGGAAACCCUUCACGUUGUAAUGCACCAGCCUGUUUAUCAGGGAAUGAGGGGGAGGGGUCUGAUCUGCCUGACUGCGGUGGUCACGUUCUACUAUGUGAUAUAAAUCAUGAGCUCUUGCACUCGCUGUCGUACACACAGAGGCAUCCACAAUCCAGGGAAACCUGCGUAUCUUUAUCUAAAGGUUGUUUGUGGCUUCAAGCAUGGAAACUAGAAACAGGAGAACAUUUGUAUGUGGUUUUUUUCACUUUAAAUGUCAAAGUUUUCCUGAAUAAUUCCAACUCUCCCAUCCUCCUCAUGAAUUUAAACACUCAAACCUUAACUCUGGUUUAGUUUAGCCUAGUCACCCUUGCCCUCUCCAGAAUGUAAUAAUUGACUAUAACCACUCAAACCUCCUACUCUCUUUUUCUCCCCAGAGUGUAUUUGAUGACUUUAACCACUCAAUCCUUAACUCUGGUUUAGUUUAGCCUACUCUCCUUAGCACCUUUGACUUAAAUAACUCAAACUUUAACUCUGGUUUAGUUUAGCCUUCUCUCCUUUCCUUCUCUCCACAGUGUAAUUGACGACAUUAACCACUCAAACAUUAACUCUGGUUAAGUCAGGCUUACUCUUCCUUCCUCCUCUCCAAAAUGUAUUUAAUGACUUAAACCAAUCAAGCCUUAACUCUGGUUUAGUUUAGCCCACUCUCCCUUCCUCCUUUCCAGAAUGUAUUUAAUGACUAUAACCACUCAAACAUAAGUUCUGGUUAGUUUAGCCUACUCUCCCUUCCUCCCCAGAGUGUAUUAAAUGACUUUAACCAAUCAAACCUUAACUCUGGUUUAGUUAUGCCUACUUUCCCUUCCUUCUCAUGACUUCAACCACUCAAACAUUAACUCUGGCUUAGUUUAGCCUACUCUUCUUUCCUCUUUCCCAGAGUGUAUUUGGUGACUUUAACCACUCAUACAUUUACUCUGGUUUAGUUUUGCCUUCUCUCACUUCCCCCUCCUCAGAGUGUAAUUGAUGACUUAAACCUCUCAAACCUUAACUCCGGUUCAGUUAAGCCUACUCUCCCUUCUUCCUCACCAUAGUGUAUUUGGUAACUUUAACCACUCAACUAUAACCUCUUGUUAAGCCUACUCUCCUCUCCUUCUCUCCACAGUGUAAUUGACAACUUUAACCACUAAAACAUUAACUCUGGUUUAGUUAAACCUACUUUCCCUUCCUUCUCAUGACUUCAACCACUCAAACCUUAACUCUGUCUUAGUUUAGCCCACUCUCCACACAAAUGAUGAUCAAUCAGUUCAGGGUUAUUCCUGUCUCUCUUUUCAACCCUGUUUUCUGUGAGACAUAUGUCAAAGACAGACAAGUGCAGAAGUAGCAGCACGUGCCCCCGGAGAUGAUAAACUUAGCCCCCAUUACAUGCAGGUGUUUGUUUACAUGUAAGCGUGUUUGUCCGCUGGUUUGCCAUUGUAAGAAUUUGCAGUGAUUCAUGUAAGACUGUCUGUGUUUUUUGAGGUAUAGGGGAGUGAAGCUUCUGCAGGACAGAUAUACUGAGGGGUUCACAUGCAUGCGUGAAGUGCUGCGUCUGAAGUUAAAGGAUACCGCCGGGGUCUCACUAACAUACCAGCAGCAACAGAAGGCAUCUGAUUCUGCGUACAGCAACGACACGACACCCUGAGCCCGAUACCACCUGUCCCCUUCUCGUCUCAGAGACAGCAUGUCCUCUCCUUUUAGGUCCCGGGUGGGAGGCAGGGAGAACGCCGGGUGGAGGGUGACUGGUUGGCUGGGUGGGCUGGCGGCUUCACAGCACAGAGCCUGUUCUUGUCUGAGCUCGCAGUGAGCGAGAGAGAUUAAGCAUUUAAUGCACAGCUUUAGACGCCAGGCUAUUUCAUCAUCAACUCCUGCUGUUGCCCUAUGUCAACAACCUGUUGCCACCUGAGAGUCGUUUGCCACAGGUGACAGAGAGGCUGAAGUAAGACAGACAGCCAGUACAGGUGGACUACAGGGAGAGGAAGAUGGAGAAUUUCCUGAGGGAUAAAGAUAUUUGGAUAUUAGGGAGUGUGUGUCUGGUGGCUACUUUCCUGUGGGGACCACUGUGGAAAUUAUUCUCAGGAAAGAGGAGGAGAAAGGCUGCAUCGUCCGCAGACGCACAGGUAACAAUGACAAAAAUGUGGACAGGUGUAUUUUGGAGCAUGCCAGAAGUUUGUUUAAUCCAGGUAGAUCUUGGAGGAUUGUUGUCAAUAACUUCAGAAAUGAACAUGUCUCUGUUUAUGGAUCCCAGCUGUCAGUCACUCUAUAAAUUACGCCAGAGGCUGACACGCUGCAGGCCUGCAUAAACCGGAAGUAAUGCAUGUUAUCAAAUUAUCACUUGAAGUCAUGCUGUCUAAAUGCCAGUGUGAGAAAAUGUUGAACAAUUUCUGAUUUACUUUCAACAGAUUUGACCAAAAAGGUUAUAAAGAUCAGUGAUGUUUUACAGAAAAUAUGUGUGAUAGUUUGGACGAGUCGGAACAGAUCUAAAUAAACUUUUGGUCCAAAGAAUAAAGAAUAAGUGAUCAAUUUAUUACAUAUAUUUUUCUAUACAACGGAAGAGCUGUUUCGUAUUGAUACUAGUUUGAGUAUUAGUACUGCCUCAAAUCUCGUCUUGGUUAUUGGUAGUUACUCAAUCAAGAACUACCUCUAAAAUCAACUGAUUAUGUAAAGUUCACCUGUGGAGUCUUGACAAAGUGAGACUAGACCUCAACAUAAACUCCAUAACUAUAACCCGAAUAAUUACCCAACAACCAACUAAAUACACAAACAUACCAACACUUAGUGAUGAUCUAAAGAUUAUAUGAUAGCUGUAAAGAUGAUUUAUUUGAAUAGAAAUAAAACUUGACUGCUACCGUGAUGUAGUUUAUGGGUCCAUGUAUUAUUCGUCCAUCCAAUUAUUCCAUUCAAUCUAGUAAACGAAAAAUGAGUCAAUAUUUUGUUUAUUUGUUUUUCUGUAUAACCAAAAAAUAAAAAAUAGUGUUUGUUUUUGUAGCAUUUUUAGCUCAAAACAAAAUAUAUAAUAGAGAUGGAAACGAAAACGAAAUAAUAAAUCUUAUUUACAAUUAUUGAUUUUGAGUGCACCUGUUUGAGCAUAUAUGCAUGGAGGCUACAUUGGCCUUCCCAUGAUCCUCAGCAACAGUUACCAUGGCGAAAGAUGCAACAGAGUGGUUCUAGCGCCAAAAUCUUCCGUUGUAUCAGAGCUCUGGUUAUAAUUUUCUCUACAGUCAUAUCUUCCUCCUUCAGCGUGACCCUUUUGGCGGCUUUAAAAAAUACGAAAGAUGCGUCCAUCACCAUCACAGCAGGUUAGCCUUUCUUGACCGCUAUGGCCUGGAGGCUUUGGUCCACGUUGUUGCCGACUUUGUUGCUCAAUGCGCAUAUGCAAACAGUGGAAAGGCACCGUGGAAAUAGGGACAUCAAUAACCCGAAAACUAAAAGUAGAUUAAUUACCAUAUUUUUUGCACUAUAACCGCAUUAAGCCAAACAAAACAGUCAAUGACUCCUGGAGGCUACGGUAGCUGCAGUGCUCCAACAAGCCAAAAGUGCGCCUUAUAGUGUGAAAAAUAUGGUAUUUUGUUUUCAUUUCCAUCUCUUUUAUAUAUUCUGUUUUGAGCUGAAAAUAAGAAAACAAACACUAAUCUUUUAUUUUUUGGUUUUAUAGAAAAACAAAUAAACAAAAUAUUGACUGGAUUAAUUGAAUGGACGGAUAAUACACGGACCUUUAUGUUUACUUUUGUCUGUUUUCUUCAAUUUGGUGGAUGUCAUUUUCACUCUGUGGCCUAUAAUGUGUUUUGACGUCCGUCUCUCAUUGUUGCGCUGUUUUCCCACAUUUGCUAAUCUAAAGUUUUAUUCUAUAAAACUAAAUAAAUUACAAAUCUCCAGAAACUACAACAUGAGGAAGUGUAAUCAGCAAACUGGAUUUGCUAUAAUUCCUUUUCUGCAGAUUGAUGUGUGUGAUCAGGUUGACUUAGAUGUUGCGUCACUCAGAAUUAAGAGGUUUUGACCAAUCAGAAUCAAGAAUUUAACAUGAGUGAUUAGUUAAAAAGACAUUAAUUAAGCUCAAUCAAUUGAAACCAAAGUUAAUUAUGAAUAGAUGUGAUAUAAUCUUCUACGGUGUCUGGUGAUGUCGCCCACCUGUGGCCGGAGUGUGAGCCAAGGACACUGAGUGGAAAACAUCACGUCAUCUUUCCUGCGUCACACACAUGACACCAGCCAUGACAUCUAAAUUCUGUCAGGUAGUACUUGGCUCCUCCGCUCCAUCCAGCUGAGGCCUCACAUACCUUAUCCAGUAUAACCCACUUUAUUAUGUCAACAUAAUCCAGCAUGACGCUAGCGUAAUCGACUCCUCAUAAAAAGUGCAUCCGUGUCAGCUCAAUAUUUUUAUUGGUCUCAGUCUUCUUGUCCGGGGCUGACAGCAGACUUAUUACAGCUGGAUUUAUAACUCUAUUUAUCGUUUCUGCUACCUUUAACGGUUGGUGUGUCAACAUGUCGUCAACGAGGAGGUUGAUAGAAACGUGAAAACGGUAAAUCAGACAGGUGGAGUCAGAUUAAUUGAGAACUGUCCAAGGUGCUGAAGCAGCCAUAAUACUCAUCUGAUAUCUGAUUGGAUAAUCUCACUGUAAACUUGCUGCUGCUGGGAAUCUGACCAGUUAAACUGAAUCUUUUGCUAAAUUAUUUCCAUCCUGGACAAGUUAGAAACAAACAACCAUUUUAGCACCUGACACAUCUAAACUAGCAUGCCGUUGUUGUAGAACCAUAAUGUAUUUUUAACUAAAAUACAUAUAACUGGUUUAUUUAAAUCUAAAGCUGUGUUAAGCAUAGAUGAAGGUGGCAUUUACCAUUGUAAGGUUGUACCCUUGUCUCUACUCCAUUAGUUAAAACUGUUUUUUUUUAACCCUGUUAAACUCCAUUUUAAAGCUCCUGUGAGGAGUUACUUUGACAUUAGGGGUGGGCGAUCUGGAAAAAAUCUCAUACCACUUUUUUUUUUUUUUUUUUGCAAAAUCCAAUCACGAUUUUAUCAUGAUUUUUCCAAGGUAAUAGGGUGAAAAAUAGAAAUAAUAAAUUAGAUAAUAUAUCCAGAUAUUGGCAACGAACAGCAUUAUAUUUAUCUUAACUGGAUGAGUCUCAUUCUCAGAGAAAAAUAGGAAGCAGUUUCUUUAUCUUGUCCUUUUUUUGUCCAAUUUUUCCGCCACUGCAGUUACUUUUAUUAACAUUAACACGUUAAUUCUGUGGGUAAAUUAAAAUGUGCUCUCUUAACUUCUAAAAUUUAGAUGUGAGAGGGCAAGAAAUUUAUGUAGACACAUUUUAGGGACACAAUGUGUGCUACAGACAGUUCUACAAUCUCUGUGCUUUGGCAGAUCGUCGUCACUAUUUAAUCUUUCUCGAUCUAAGAUCGUCAGAUCGUACGCCCCUAUUUAACAUUGAUGAAAUAGACUGAUAUUCAUAUUGAAGUCUUUUUAUGAGAUACACUUUCAAGCAAGACCAUCAGCGAGAAAAUCUUCUAUUUUUAUCUUGUAAUUUUUGAUGUCUGAAAAUGGUGGGGGUCGGUGUUGGCUGAACAGCUGAAGAGACAGGCCGGUUUUGCACAAGAUGUUCGCAAUAGAUGAUACAGUUAAGUGUCUAAAUGACAUUUUUAUCAGAAGAUACAACCUAAAAUUUGUGGAUGACGGGUAACUGCUUUGUCCACAUGGGGCACCAGACCUUAACUUCCUCACAGGAGCUUUAAGUUUUAUUUUUCACAGAGUUUAAAAGUGCUCAAGUUACUUUGUGAGGCGCUCAACUUUGAUUUUAUCUUAAAUAAAAGCAUAUAAACACGUCCCUACUCCAGUCUCAGUAACAAACCCAUCUUUUGUACUGUACCUCAUACUGUGUGAGGCUCCCAGAGAGUAAACUGCGGCUUGCUAAUGCGCGUGAGCAUGACUAAUGUGAGAAGAGCUUCUCCUGCCUCGGAUUCUCACACUCACAUAGCUCGGACUAAAUUAGCUCACAGACAAAUAAAUAAAGGAGGGAUGGAGGUGGGAGUCAGUCAUAGUUUCAUGUAAUGGCUUUAAGAAUACAACAUGACUAACAUGCACGGGAUUAAACGUGUUUUUGUUUUAAUCUCGUCUAGUAGAUCCAACCAUGGACAGACACAUGCGUAUUUUUAACUUCCAGUCCUUCAUUUCAUUACAACACAGUCGAGAAAGAUGGAAUUAAUGAGCUAAGGUGUUUGAUUUAUAAAAACUUGUGCAUAUAAAAUCUUUGAGAUGAGUCCAAUCAGCAUAUAAAACAAUAAACAGUUUAUAGUAUAUAACAGUUUUUUCUCACGUUUAAAAGUUUUAUUCAAACUUUUUCAGUCCAGAGGAGUAGCUGAAAACCAGAAGUUAAUAAACAGUGAAGAAAAAAAGAAAAUCUAAUCAUGUAAUCAGUUGGUUUGGUAAACAUACAGUCUCAGUAAGACUAUGUGAAGCUUUGAAGCCUGUUGACUUCAGUCACCAUGUUGGAAAUGCUAACUCAUCCUGACGUAUGGUUGAGCUGGGCCUUUAGCCAGCGGUUGGAUUCGUCAAAAUAAAUAGAUUGGGGUGUACAGACAAUUAUUCAUACUCAUAGAUAAACAUGUGUCUUUUUUUUUCUUGCUUUUCUCCUGAACUGACACCCGGGAGCUCUGGACAUGUGUUUCAUAUUAGAGGCCUUGCAUAUCCAAAGUUAACAGGGAUCACCUUCCGAAAUAAAUAUAUGUUACUCUGAUCCUCAAUCCUAUUAAAAUGCCGACAAGAAAAGUUCAGAAAAGUCAAAUCAGGUUGACUAUAUCUGACCUUGUUUCACAUCAAGUUAGUUCCUAAUCAGUUUACUGUCUGUAUGUCAUUAUGAAUGGAAGAAAAAGGCCCUUACUUGUGUAUUUAUUUGAUCUAAACUCUGAACUCAUGAAUGUUUUCCUCCUCAGCGUUACUAUCUCCCUGUUUUGUCCUCUGUCUCUCUGUCUGUCUGUCUGUCUCUGGUAUAAGGACACCGGGGGAAUGUGCUGUUUUUGCCUGGACUCCCCUGGCCUCUCUGUUGGUGUCCAUUUUCAGUCGUUUGCAUAACCGUUCACUCGCUCGCUGCUGCUGAUAUGUACCAGAGUUUGGACCAAUCACGUUCACUCAGUGCAAACAAGCUCAACAGAUAGCUCUCCUAUACCCUCGUCUCACUUUGUCUAAUUAGUUCAUUAGGAAGAGUGAUUUUCUGUCACGAUAAAGCAAACAAAAACACUUUGACUUUGUAAUUAAGCAGUUUUAAACAACAGUGUGAUCGAAUGAGUAUUAAGUCGUCUGAUAUGAUUCAAAAAGCAGUUUGGUGAUUGUAUUUUUAGGGUUUGGGUGUUGUGGAGUGCAGAGGUGGCGAUUGAGAGCAGGAUGAAAUUAAUCUGAAUCAAACUUUGGGCCAACAUGAAGUGACUCGCUGGCAGUCGAGUCGGGCUCAGACCGCAGUCGCUGUUUAUGAUUUGACACCGUGUACAGUAGAUCAAACGUCACCAUCAUCGACAGGUCGGGUCUGGAGAGGGGUCAGUAGGUCAGAGAUCAGCUGUGUGGGACCCUCCUCCAGAUUCACAGCUGAUCAACAGCAGGUCGUGUGGUCAAAAGAAGUCUGUGGUUCUCUUCUGCCACCCAGUGGUAGAUUCACAGAAAUGCACUUUGCAAACUGUAGCUUAAUUAUGAUUUAAAAUUGCAUAUUUGUAUUCUAUGAUUCUUAAAAAGACUUUAAACAAGCUGCCAUUAAGGAUGCACAAUAUUUCAUGUAUAUAUAUUAUUGGUAUAACUAUAUAAAAUCCUAAAAUAUUAAUUAUUUGUGUUGGCAGGUAUGAAAAAUUCCUGCACGAUGCAUUAAUUUGGCACCACCGAUGAUAAAAUCUGCCUGCAAACAACAAACCUAAACAUAUCAGCUGUAUGAGGGUGUUUUUUUUAAGUGUUGGAACUGUUCAUUUGUAAAGCACAGGUGAUGUGAGGAGGACCGGUUUACUGUAAACCUUUUAAAACUGGGAUUUAAUUGUAUGUCUCGGGAACCAAAGUAACAGCAAGAAAAGUAAGAAAACAAAAACAGAAGUCGCAAAAGAAUCCUUGAAUCACGGCUCUGGAAGUUGCAGGUUAAUGAUCGGUGUUGGUGUAGCAGUAUUUUUAUUGGUGUUGAUAUCAGUCAAAAUGAAAAUAUCAGCAAAUAUCCAAUAUCGUGCAUCUCCAGCUGCCAGCCGACACCCCCGUGUUUGUGCUGACACAAAAAGUAGAGGGACACAUGAGCUCCCCUGUUGGAAUUCUUCCCUAAGCUCUGCUGGUUUUUGUGUGAAUGAGUCUGUGCGGGCGCUUUUUUGGCGGUGGGAUUCACAGUCAUUUGAGGAGGUCAGAGGUUAACAUCUAUCCCCCAAUCCUCUUUCACGCCCAGUUGUCUUUACGUUACGUAAUAACUGACAGUGAGUAACAAACUCAGGAUAACAGAGCAAAGUCGGUUUGUGUGCAUGUAUUUUUGAACACUUAUGUAAGAUAUUUACCAGCGUGGCUCCAAACAAAAAUACAUAAACACACUUUACAGACGUCAAACAUCACCUCUUUUCCAUGACAGGAAUUUGUACGAGGCCAUAACAGAGAAAAAGGCUGAACGAAUGUUAUCACAGCAGCUGAACUGUGAAAGUACAGACUGUCAUCGGCCGGUGGUGACAUGAGUAAGUUUGUCAGAUAGAGCAGCAGCAGGUGGAGCUGCACAGAUAAUACGCAGCCUUGUUUCCAUUUUCAUUCACUCGCCUGGAAAAAAGCACCGUGGACAUUGAAGUUUGAUACGGUUUCUUCGAAAACACUAAACCAAACCUACAUCGACCCAUGAGACACGAGUCAGAAGUUUCCAGCUCUCAGAGUGCAUUAUGGGAAAACAUACGUACAUACAUAUACUGUCCAAGACAUGUUGAGUAUUUACAUUCAUCUCAUAGUGCAGCUAUAAAAACAUGAGUUAUGGGUCAGACGUCACGAGUCAACUUGGUGAUUUCCAAUGAAGGGGCCUCGCAAAACGCAGAGCACCUCUGUUGUUGCUUUAGGUUAUGUGGAAAGAUUGUGGAGCAUCUGUCUAUUUAAAAAAAAAAUGUUUUUAAUGAUAAAUAUUCACGUAAAAAAUAUCCAUGAGUUAAGAAAGCGCAUUGCAUUCACCAAAAAAGAAACAAAAACUAUUAUUUUUUGUUAUGUUUUUCAAACUAACGAAUAGGAAACAGAAAGAUGAAAAAAAAAUAGCACAAAAAACAGGAAAAAAAAUAGUCAAAAAAACAGAAAGAAAAAAAAUUGUCCAAAAAACAGAAAAAAAGCAGAUAGAAGAAAAAAAUAGUACAAAAAACAGAAAAAAAAUAGUCAAAAAAAAAAACAUAAAGUAGAAAAAAAUAGUCCAAAAAAAGGAAAAAAAUAGUCAAAAAAAAAACAGAAGAAAAAAUAGUCAAAAAAAAGAAAGUAGAAAAAAAUAGUCCAAAAAAACGGAAGAAAAACAGAGUACAAAAAAGGCAGAGAAAAAUAGUCAAAAAACAGAAAGAAGAAAAAACUUUGUCAGAAAAACAGCACAAACAAAAUACUCAAAAAAAAAAACAGUUUUCUUUACUAUUGUCAGAGAAUGCAAUACAGAUCCGUAGUGAACAGCUUUAGUAGUUGUUAAAAUCCAAAGAAAACUAGCAAAUAACUUGCAAAGUGACUUAGUGGUUACAGGAAAAAAAGUUGUGAGAAUAAAGAUAUAGUAGAUUUAAAGCCAUACUGUUGUUUAUUUACAGCUUUAUCCGCCCUUUAAGUGAGUCCAGCUGGUUGUAAACUCAGACCACAGCGGCGGUGGGAUCAGCGAGUAAAAAGAGACGCUUUGGCUGCAGUAAUUUGAAUGGAAUUAUAUUUGGUGUCAGUGAGGCCGAUGAGGCGAGUCAUGAUGAUGGUAUGAUAAGGUCUUUGUGGGCAGCCAUGUUCUAUUUAAGGGGGGAAACCCUGUAUGAUUCAGGGGCCCCAGAGCUGGACCAGGGCCCUGUGACAUGCCGGAGAUCAGUGAGCUGUCACUGAGCUGUUGUCAGUUGGCCCAAAAUUGUUAGUCUAUUGCCAGGCACCCCCGGGCAGUCUGUCUGAUUUGAGGUAGGGGGUCACAGGUUCAGCUCAUGAGUUUACAGUCCCCUAUAUGGGGUUGAUAUAGAGCAGGGUCAGCGGGCUGUAUGGAAGUUCAACAUGGAGGAUGAAGAAUGGACGCACAAUCAAUUUCUGACAUGUUUGCUUUUACUUGUAUUGCAAUUUGAGUGCAGAGGUGACACUGAAACACAAACCUUGACAAGGACUGUUUUUUCUGUCACACUGAGGUUUGACCAUAGAUAGUAUAGACUAUAGACAACUUGGCUCCGCCUUCCGUCAUUAUAUGAAUUUGAAGCCGAAUUGCUCUCGGUAUUUCCAGGAUUUUCUCGCAUUCAGCAGGAGAGUCGCUGAGAGUCGCCAUGAUGACGCUCAGCUCAAACAGUGUAUCCCCUCAGCUGAGCUACGCGAUCUACGUACACUCAUAGGCUGUAUCAAGUGUCAAUCAUAGAAAACAUGAACCCCCUAAUAACUUUUAAAAAUGGAGCUGCACAGAAAAAAGAGGACUUGAGCACAAACCAGUCUGACAGUAACUACAUGUCAACAUCGCAACCAGGGGGGAGAAACAUUUAUAUUCUGUGUAAUAAAUUUCUAAAGUUUGUCCACAGCUCCAUAGGGAUUGCUGGAGGAGGCGGGAUUUAUGACCCAUACUGCAACCCGUCACUAGAGGGUGCUGUUCUCGCGGUGGCUUCACCCAGUUAGAAGGCAGACAGAGUCCAAUCUAUAUACAGUAUCGGUUUGACAUUUUCAUAAACUACCAACAGCAAAUUUUGACACUUUUCAGUAAAAAAAAGCAAACAAUCUUGUUUUUUAAAUUGAAUUUUACAAAAACUGCCAAAAAAUUUCAAGUCAAAUUCCCAAAUGAUUCUUCCCAGUUUUCAGGAAACUUUGAGUAAGUUUUAGUGUGAGUUUUGUUAAAACAUUCAGCUGUAUUUUAAGUUAAAUAUUGAAGGAAUUUUAUUGAAUAUUUAUGUAAUUUUCCAAUGCAAAGUAUGGAAAAAAACAUAAUUUGAAGUUGUAAUCCUUUUGAGUCCUGUGCAUUUUGCAGAAACUAAAACAAAAGUCUUCCUUGGAAUUACUAAAAGCACGCUAAAACGAUGAGUAAAUGAAACCAAACUCGUUGGCCCAAACUGAAAAUGAAUCAUUAAAGUUAAAAAUCCAUGAUCGAUAGCUCAACAACCUCAAAAAGAAAGAUCUAACUUUGCUUUAAGGUGUACAGAAGAAUACGGGUCCAUGUUUUGGUGCAGUAACAGGACCAAAUCGUGAGGUAGUAAUAUAUCAAAAGUAAUUGUAAGCACAUUUGUACUCACUUUUCUCUCCAGCUGGACUCUGCAGGCUUUACUAUUAUUGAAUAUGGGCCGCAGCUUCACCACAAUAGCAGCCGUAAGCCUGAGGCAGAUUUUGAUUGUGUGUCUCACAGUCUAUUAUUGUUUCUGAGGGAUAAAGCUCGUUACAUUCAUGCUGCGCUACAGUGAUAUUGGAUUACUGGACAGUCUGCGGCACUAGAAUAAACAUUAUGUAUUGUCUGUGUGUUCUUUGCUGAGUAACUUUAUAAGCUGUCAGAGUGAUGAGGCUGCGUCAGUCUCAUUCCUAAACAGCGCUCCUAUACCACACCGGCUCUCAGUUUACCAUGCAACCUUUUCUGAGGGGAUUUCAGAGAUUGUACAUCAGGGUACAGUUAAACCUCCCCCGGCCCUGAACACCACCAGACCCAGACCAGCAUAACCACCUCCCUGAUCUGAUUCUCGUUGAAUUAUAUUAUGCUCAUCUUUAACCAAAAUUUGUAAAAAUCUUAUACGCUACAUGUCACAUCCAUCCAUUCUCACCACGUUCAUUAACAGCUGGAGGAGGCUGCUCAGUGAAGAGCCCAUCAGUAUUAACUAAUCCCAUUCACACAUAUUUAAACACGCCUGACUUUGCCAUCUAGAGUAUCAGGAGGGGGUUCAGUGUCUCUCACAAGGACACUUAAGCAUGUGAACUGCAGGAUCUGCCAAUGAGCCACCUUUACCACCUCUCCAGCUGCAAAGACACUCAUCAUGUCGACCAUGUCAACUACGAGCCAAGCAGGCCAGCUCACACACUUUAAAGUAAAACCAUAAAAGAGCCCUUAUCUACGCGAGCGUAUUGCAUUCACUUACAAAAAAAAGGAAACUGUUUUUUGACUAUUUUAUUCUUCUGUUUUUUGUAAGAAUAUUUUUUCCCUCUUUUUGUUUUUUCAGACAAAUAUUUACUCUGUUUUUCGGACUUUUUUUUUUUUUUUGUCUUUCUGUUUUUGUCUUGACUAUUUUUUCCCCUAACUAUGGCUACGUUCACACUGCAGGUUAUGAUGCACAAUUCGGAUUUUUUGUUAAAACCGAUCUUUUUGUGCGGUCGUUCACAUUACAACGACAAAUGCUGCAUCUAAUGUGAACAGAAUGCGUCCGUGAAGUUACCCACAUGCGCACAAAGCACAAAUUGCUUUCCGCGCCUGUUUGUGUUGUCGAACAAUGGUGACGUUUGUCGCAUAUUGAUGACGUACAGGUCAGAUGAACGCGACCUGAGUGUCCACACUGCAGUCACAUCGGAUUCAUAUCCGAUUUAUAUCCACAUACAGAAGAGGCCUGGGUCGGAUUUGAAAAAAUCAGAAUCAGAAUUGCACUGUUCACACACUUGUAUAUAAAAAAAAGUUUAUACACCCAAUCAUUCAUGACAUUAUAUUGUUGUUGGAGGUGUUUGUCACAUAUAUACAGAGCAUCUAUGAGAAAAUGAUGAUACUUAUAUCUUUACCACCUUCUUUUUUCGUGUCUUCCUGCUCACUGUUUGUUUUUUUGUUAUACAUCUGCCGUUAGUCCUCAAUUAAAAAAAAAAAAACUUAAGAAACCACCUCAUUCUAGCAAACUGACAAAGUUAGCGAAUAUAUCAAAGCAUUUAGUGGUUUCAGAGUGAGACACUUACAUCUGGAGUCGAUGCGAAUCACAGCGAGGCUGUAGGGAGAGCGAAUAUUCAACAUCAGUGACUCCAAAUGAAUGCUAAUGGUGCGUCAUGUCGGCGAAAUGUGAAAAUAAGCAACAGGAUGUUUGCCAUAACAGCUUUAUAAGGUGAUAACAUGUAGUGUUUACAGCUUGUCUCGAUACCAUUAGGUAGUCAGAAUGUCACUGAUGUUGCUGCGGUCCUUCUGCUUAUUACGUGUUUUUUUCAUUGAGCUGCUUUUCAAAUACGAACCCAUCUACCUGGAUAGAUUUAGAGGUGUCUCAUGUGAGUAAAUAAAGAUGUUAUAAUGUCUGCCACCUUGUUAGUCUACAAACAUCAAUCUCCUUUGUUAGGUGACUGCAGAAUGAUGUAUUUCUACUGUUUGUACUGUACCAUGUCCGCACUUGCCCGGUGUCCUCUUUCAUUCUCACCUCCGCUGGUAAAUUGGCGCUGGGGACACGAGUGUUAAAGCUGACAGCUGACGAGCUGUCUCUACUGGGAACAGAGCGAGGGACAAACAGAGUAUAGGUCAGGUUUUUCCGGUGUUGACAGAUGGGUGCCAGUAUAUAGGCGCCGGCGCUCUGUCACCCUGCCUACUCCAGAUAGCGAUGUACCGAGACGUGGAAAGGCCUCAGGUCAAUGUGUCCAGUCAGACACGUCUCAAUAAGUGUCAAUCGUUUGUGUCCGGACACAAAUAUGAAUGUAUGUGUUGGUAUCCAUGCGCAGUAGUAUCUGUGUCAGUCUGUCCUCUUUAAUUCUCUGCGGCGACACGUGCGUGUGCGUUAAGUUUCCUCUCUCAAUCCUCUUCUCCAGCGUAUCAACUGUUGGUGUCAGGGGCAUCACCUGCUUCCUGUUCUCUCUCGUUGUCUUGUCCCUCACAUUACUCGGUCAGUGAGCACUAAACUGGGACUGCUGCUAACUCUUUCCAGGAGGUGGAUGCCAAAUUUCCAUAACUUAAUUAUCAGGCAUCUUUGCCUGAUAUAGGAUUGCUCAACAGUUUAGCGUCUCCUUUGUUGUAGAUUCAGGCCAUGAUGUGUCAGAUGUGGUCAGGUUAGUCCAGCACUCAGACUCUUCUGCUGCAGAGUAGGGCUGCACAAUUUUAGCCAAAAAGAAAAUCCAGUUUUUUUUCUCAGAAAACUCAAUUUUCUAUUUUCUAUUUUUUAUUCAGUGACAACUUCACCAAACUUCACUUUAAAAAUAAAAGUUUUUCUAUCAUCUCUCAAAAUGAAACCACUGAAAACAAUGUAGUGCGUAUGCCAAGCCAGUCAGUGGCGCUGUAACGCUGCACAGGAAAUGCACAAAAGACAGAAGAAGAGUACAGAUCAUGUGUAUAAAGGUUGUUUUGGUCGGACACGCACAAGCGCCAUAAAAGAGUUACGCUGUGUGUCACAUGAUCGUUCUCAGAGAUGCAGAUAGACAUCCACACGGAGAUGAAAUGGUCGUCAUUUAUGAAUUUUUGCACUCUCUGACCUGUUUUCAAAAAGUAACGUUUACAGUCACCGGAAACACCUUGUAAUAAAUCUGAAAGUCUUUCCUGACAAAGGUUCUGUCUGGAUGGCAGCAGAAGUUACUCUUAAAACUUUAUAUAUUAUUCAGCAUUGGCUAACCAUCCCAUGAACACUUGCGCAUCUCCAGACCAUCAUACAUUCUGGUUUCUGUUUUUUUAAAAACAAAGUUGAGCAGAGGAUGUAGCGUGCAUAAUUAAAAAAAAAGUCACCUUUAUUUCUGGUUCAUGUCCAUAGAUGGUUUCCUCUUUGUGCAGUGUUCACCUGGAUGCAUUGACAUUGCUGCAUUCACAGUCAGUGAUUAUGAGCCUAUGCGGUGAUUCCAACUACAGAGUCAUGUUUGAUUUAAUGCAGAGCUGCUUUUCCAAGAUUUCUCCAGAUUCUCUCAGUCUUUAAAUGAUCAUAUUUAGUGUGGAUUAUUGAUGAUGAAACCCUAAUUUUUUUUUUGCAAUUUUAAUCAAGAAACAGAAAAAAGGGGAAGUGGUCAUCAGUCGAAUCCUGAACCUGUUUUAAAUGAACCUCAUUAGUCGGAGAAGUUUCUUGCCAUCUUUUUUUAAGCAUUACAGCUCUUUCAGUAAUUCAUUUUUAAAUUCUAUUCUUGGCAUCAGAUUUAAAAUGAACAUAUUGGUUUCCACAAAACACUAAAAUCUUUUAUUUUUAACAUUUGAUACGUCGUCUUAGCUAGGGUGACCAUAUUCUGAAUCCCCCCAAAAGAGGUCAAUAUGCGGGGCGUCCUCUAGGGUUUUGCGGGUCGAGUGUUUUUUACGGGCUUCUAACUCAGUUAGUCCAGGACAUUUGAAGGUUUUAAAAACUCACUCGGACAGGCCGGACAGACCCCAAAAUUAGAGGACAUGUUCGGGUAAGAGAGGAUAAAAGUCUUCGCAAAUUUUAGGUUUAAAUGAUUCAGAAACAAUCAAAACCUGAUUUUAAUCAAUAAUUAACGGCAGAUAAAGACCUCAGAUUGUAUUUAUCACAAGUUUUAUAAAAAUCUAACUGUAUGAAAACAUUUUUUAAUCAUGACUUAAACCUCAAACUUUUUGUAAAAGCCCUCCCCCUCAUGUUUGUUUUUGCACCGUUAUGCAACGAUCUGCUGACACAUCCUCUCCAGUAAAAACAACUCGGCCAUGAGAACCGCUCGGCAUUUGUCGAGGUUCAAAAAUACCUUCAAUGCUCGUGUCUUUAACGAUGGUUAAUAAAGUUUUUGCGGCCUUGCACACGCUCGCACCUGUCGGUUUGCUUCCUGCUGUGAGACAAUGUAAAAAAAAACUGCAUGGACCUCUAAGACUCUUGUUUCUCCAAACACUCAGAUUAAACUUCGCAGACUCUCUUUUUAUCGGCAGAUUUGGUUUUCUUAUCUUCUCCGUAUUCUUGGCUGGCAGCACUUUUUUAUUUGUUUGUCUUAGUUUUUACGGCGUCAUAUUUCAGUCCCAGAUUCUUGGGAUUCUAACACCUGACUGAAGGGCUUUUGAAGUGUCUCAAAUGUCACAUAGCAACCCUCUCCAGCAUCUCCCCCCUAACCCGCAUCAAUCCCCGACUGCACACCCGAGCCCCCCAGCUCUUAUCACAGGCCACCCAGCCCCUGACGUCUACAGGGGGCUGCGCUUUAAUUUGGACCUCAGCCAUUUGCUAUUCUUAAAACUGUGCGGAGCAGAACUGAAGGAGAGGUCUCUGUUCUCCGUCGGCUGAAAUGGUUCCUGUCCUUUGGAGCAUCGAGACUUGGUGAAAGUGAUCGGACAGGGAUUUUGAGAGGGUUUCGCUUUACGUGAGGAGGUCUCUUGUGAAUUCGUCAUGAAUUCCAGCCUUGUCAACUCUUUAGCCAAAGUCUACGAUCCGAACCCUCUCCACGGUCAGAAACCUGGAGGAAGGAAGCUCUCUUUUAAUGGAUCCGAGAAGUCCUCUUCUACUUCAUCUUCACCUUCUUCAUCCCCCUCUCACGACAGCACCCUGCGCCGCAUGGAGAGCCGAAUGGACUCCCUGAGCUCCCAGAUGGAGCGCUUGCUCAACAUGCAGCAGAUCGUCCUCACUCGGCUGGACGGCUUGUCCCAGGACGUGAAGGGGAUGGGUCGGGAUCUGGCUUCUUUACGCGAAGAAGGGAGAAGAGGGUCAGGGAUGGAGGCGGCGUGCAGGGAGCUGUGCGGGGCCGUGGAAAAGGUCGGAGAGCGGAUGGAGAGUCAGGGGCGCAGGCUGGAUGGGGUGGAGAAGCUGGUGGAGGGAACCCAGCAAGUGAUCAGCUUUAUUGGGGAGGUGGUGAAGGGGUCGAGGCUGGUGGAGCUGCUUUUUAAACAGCCUGGAAACAAGGCCAACAAGAAGGUGAGAGCGUGAACGACACAGAUUUAAGAUAUUAGAAGAAGAAGGUGGUUUAAGGAGAUCUUGUCUCUGCUCAAAUCUGGUUUAGUUUGGUAGACCUUUCUGUGAAACUAUGAAGAACUUGGUCACCUAACAGUUUGUAUUGUUUAUUGUUAUUCCAGUCUUGGCUGCAUACUAUGGAGGCCUUCUUCUCUCUUAUAAUAGCUCACCAUAUAUUUAUAACCCUGUCUGUGUCUGCAGAUAUUAUACAUGAUUCUUUUCAUUUGGCCUCCUGAGGGCCUAAUGAACCGGUCUACCUCUGAUCUAGACUUCCUUUACCCAUCAUCUCCUCAUCUACCUGACAUAUUUUUGACCCGACAACAUUCCUCUCCAGCCUGAUACGGCUCCUCAUGGAUCUUUUCUUAGCUCUGCUGUACUCCAACAUGUCAUUCUCUGUAAUGUUAAGUAGUUUUCCUUUGUGCUGUGGUUGUCCUCGUGUUUCUAAGGUGUGAGUGAUUCGGGUCAGACUGGGUUAUCUUAUCCGUACCCUGUCUUUAUCAGCAGCUGUGUAGUGUCUCUGCAUAGGUGACAUUGCUGCAUUGAUUGAUUAAAUUAGCCACCACAUAGUCUGUGGAUGAGUCAGUGACAUGUUUAUUAUCCGGGAUUCUUGGAGGGAUGUAGAGGCGCCUGUUGUGUAAUUUCUCUGAGAGUGGAUUUCUCACAUAUUCUGCUGAUUCAGAGGUUGUUUUUAGCGACGGUAAACAGAUUUCUCACUACGAACACGGGUGUGUCCAGAGGGUGGGAAAACUGGGGCACUGACUACUACAGGUGGUCGUAUUUAAAUCCCACAUUUAGCAGGAUGUAGUCGUCAGCUCCCCUCCUGUCGCUGAAGGGAUGUUGUGUGGUGUAUCAUAACAAAUUUGGUUCAGCCUUUAUUUUGAUAUAAGAUUAUGUAGGUUACCAGUUUGCCCGUUCCUUCACAGCUACAGCAAAGAAAAAUACUUCACCAACAAAUCUGUGAGACUGAAUUUUCUCUAGUUUUAAACUAAAGUAAGAAAACAAAGUAUGAAUGAGACGACACCACAUCUGCGACUGUUGAUACCUUAUCUCUCCACCUGAUCCCGAGAACAUCAUAUCUGAGUUACCAUGGCAACCAUAGGCACUGUGACACCCCGACUCUAUGUCUAGAAAGUGUAAAAAUGCACAAUAACCAAAACUGUAGACUGUAUAUAGAAUGGACGUCGUCUGCCUCCUCGCUGGGUGAAGCCACCGCGAGAACAGCACCCUCUGGUGACGGGCUGCAGUAUAGAUCAUAAAUCCCGCCUCCUCCAGCAAUUCCUAUGGAGCUGUGGACAAACUUUAUAAAUGAAUGACACAGAAUAUAAAUGUUUCUCCCCCCGGUUGUGAUGUUGACAUGGAGCUACAGUCAGACUAGUUUGUGCUCAAGUCCUCUUUUUUCUGUACAGCUCCGUUUUUAAAGGUUAUUAGGGGGUUCAUGUUUGCUAUGAUUGACACUUGAUACAGCCUAUGGGAGUACGGAGAUUGCGUAGCUCACCUGGGGGGAUACUCUGUUUGAGCCAAGCGUCAUCAUGGCGACUCUCCCACCAAAUGCGUACAACGCUACUGUGCAAGAGGUGGUUCCAGGAAGUGGAGAAAAUCCUGGAAAUUCUGAGAGCAAUUUGGCUUCUAAUCCAUAUAAUGACGGAAGGCGGAGCCAAGUUAUUUAUCGUAUAUAAAGCCUAUGAACCUAAUCUAAAAUCUGACUCCUGCCUCUGUAACCGCAGAUAACCUUUAACCCAUACUACAUGAAGCUUCUGCAAGUGAUUUGACUUCCAAAGCAAAUAAUUUUCUGUCUUUCUGUGUUUUUUUUUUUUUAAAUCCAGGCAAAGGAUGAGAAGGAUAAAGCCAAACAGACCCAGAAGGGCUUGAAGACCCAGAAGAAGAGGAAACCUCUGGACACAUCAGGUAGGCUCCGACCCCAGAGUUGACUUUGAAGCCUGCAUGAUGGCUCCUAAGUACAGAUAAAUGAUGUUUCUUUGUCCUACUUUAGAUGCGACCAUACUCAGCGAGCCGGUGCUGCAGGAACAGGUGGAGAAGCUCAACAGGCAGAACACGGAGCAUUCGCAGCACGUGAAAUCAGAGUCCGACAACCAGAGAGCAGAGGACAGGGGGAGACAGGAGCCGGUGGAGCUGAUCCUGGAUGAACCUCGCACGUCUGCACCUGAGUCAGAGAGCAAGAAAGCCACUGAGGAGGAAGAGGAGGAGGAGGAGGAGGAGGAUGCUUUCCAGGACUCAGAGGUAGAGGAGGAGAAGGUGAAGGAUAAAAGUUUAGAAAAGACUGUUAAAGUGGAGGAUGAAGCGAAGAAAGAAGAGCCGUUCAAACCGGAAACGGACUCGAGUGUCAUCACAGAUAUCUCCAAGACCUCCGUCCAACCACAGGAGAGGUACUCCAAACUGACCGCUAUAAACAGUCUGGUAAAAAAAAGAAAACUUCUCCAAACUUAAGGUUUAUUUAUUCUGUUUUGUUUUGUGAACGCCCAGCCCCGAGGAGGUCGGCGACGUGGCCACUUGCAGCAAACGUCGCGUCACGGAAGAAGACCUGGUGAAAGACGACCUGAAGAAAAGCCGGGUGGAGGACAGCGGAGUGGAAAAAGCUGAGGGACAGGCGGUGGAGGGGGGAGAACCGAAGGCCUCCAAACCUGAGGAGGCAAAGACGGAGGAGGAAGUGAAGGAGGCGGAGCCUGAACAGAAGGAAUUUACUAUAGGUGAGAAACUUAGACAGAGUAUGGAUGUCACAUGAUCUCGUAAAUGUGGUUUAAGUAUUUUUUAGAUCAAUGAUGGUAGUUUUUCUUGGCUCCCAUGUGCAUAUUCUUUUACUUACCUCCUUACUGAAGUGGCAAAGUUUAUACAUGACGUGACUUUUACACCUGCAAAGGUCAGGAUCUGUUAAUAAGUUGAAGUAUUGUACUCAAGAACUGCGGCUUAAAAUAAGUUCAGUUGACAGACACGGUAAAAAGCCUUGGAGAUAUUUAAAAACCAACAAUGAUAGGAGAUUAAAAAAAGGUGUCAAAGGUCAGAGAAACAAAUUUCUUCAGUCAAAAUCUGCCUAAAAAUCAAAGCUGAUGCAGAAAACAAACGUUCAGAUCUCCUGUAGAUCCACUUUAGUGCCGUGUCGGUUCACGCAGACUCUCCAUAAGGACUCUCCCCGCCGGGUUGUUAGCUGUUGACAUUUGACUUUAUGUUCCUCAGACUUUGGAGCAGAUCCAGUGUCAUAACACCGUGCCUGCUGAGCGUCACUAACAUGUCAGUGGACACAGGUGGCAGAGCAGAUAAUGAGAUGUUGGCGUGCUGCUAUUUCAGACCACUUUGUCUCCAGGGUGGGGGCCUCCACUUCUGCCUCCGUCUCUGUUUCUUCUUUUUAAUCAUUUUUUCCUCUUCUCUUCUUCAGACUUAAGCCCUCCACCUUUGGCGCCUUUUGACCACCGCAUCGUGACCCCCAAACCCCAUCAGAUCGCCACUUACUACACCAUCAACAGAGACGAGGUCCUCGGAGGGUGAGUCGAUCCUGCCACUUCAGUUUCAGAUAAUGAAAUAACAAAGGACCUCACACCCUGAGAGGGGACGCCUAAUCGUUUUCUCCAAGACCCUUUUAUCGCCCCCUAAAGGACGGAUGAUUGGGACCCUCAGGAGGGGUGGACUAGUUAGGGAGAGAGCGGGUCUCUCUGAUGUAAGAGUCUGGUGUUAAAUCCUCCCUCUCAGAGUGGAGAUUACCCCUCAACACGCAAGCACAUUCCUCACAUCCCUGACAUAAUGGCACAGUAUAUAACCCUAAUUACUGUGCUCAUUAUCCUGGCAUGUGUGUGGAAGUUAGAUUCCCAAUUAAUGAGCUAUUUUUACAACAGAAAAAGCAUCUGUGUUUAGUCUACAAGGUCAGGAAAUGUCUGUUUAAAGACACCUCUCAAUAUUUUCUCAGUCCAAAAAUCAAAAGAGAUUACAUAACUGCGAUCGCACACAAAAACUGAAUCCUGGUUGAUGUUGUAAUCUCUUAAUCCGAUAUUUUAUAUGUUAAUGUCUGAAUGUCUGAUUGACUUAUUAAUAUGUUUGUUUUUCUUGCAUUAGGGGACGUUUCGGACAAGUCCACAAGUGCACGGAGAACUCGUCUGGUCUGACGUUGGCCGCCAAGAUCAUCAAAGCCAGGAGCCAGAAAGAGAAGGUGCAGAAAACGUCGCACGAUGAAAACUUAGUGAUGUUUUUUUGGAUGUUCCUUCUGCAGACAGUUUGAGAGGAGAUACAGCUCAAUAACUCCGAGUGUGUGAGGCGGUUUAUCAGCUGUUUAUCAGAGUUACUUUCCCCGUAUCAUCAGAUAGUGGUCUCGGAGAGAUCAGAUGUUGGAACAUUGCUCUGCGGUUACAGAUAUCCAGAAAGUUAGGAGCCAACUAAACACUCAGUCAGAUCCUCGUCUGUCCUAGUAGCUGUCAGCGCUCCUGUUACUGUUUGUCUGUUUGAUUUAUUACAUCAAAUGUGUGGGAUAUAGAUGUCAGUCAUGUGUGCAGUGGUCCAAACUGUAAGAAACAUUUCCAAAUUUGAUCCGACUUCUUAUUUCCUGUCUGUCGCUCAGGAGGUGGUGAGGAAUGAAAUCCAGGUGAUGAACCAGCUGAACCACGCCAACCUCAUCCAACUGUACGCCGCCUUCGAAUCCCGCCAUGACAUCAUCCUGGUCAUGGAGUAGUAAGUCCUGAUACCUGUUUGAAUCCCGAGCAGAGCCGGCUGUUCCCUUUUCUCGCUGUAAUCCUAAAAAUCUGUCAUUGUGUCGCAGCGUGGAGGGAGGAGAGCUCUUCGACCGCAUCAUCGACGAGAACUACAACCUGACGGAGCUGGACACGGUUCUGUUUAUACGCCAGAUCUGUGAGGGGCUGCAGUACAUGCACAAGAUGUACAUCCUGCAUCUUGACCUCAAGGUAAACCAGUUCCUACAAGACCUGAACCCCUUUCUUUUUAGUUUUCUUUUCGUGUCCAGCUCUACUUUUUAUUUAUUUUGCCGUUAAAGAGCAGCUUGUUGGAUAAUCCAUCAUAGUUAGAUUUAAUGCAAUCCUGUAGAAGAGCCAGCUGCACGGUGGUAGGCUUAAUAACUGCCCUCUGUCUGCCUCUUAAGAAAAAGGGAGUAUGGCGCCCUCUUGUGGCAAGCACCUGAACUUGGUUUCAAAGCAUCUUAACAAACUGCAGGAGGAAUUUAAACUCAUAGCACAGCUGUUUUUAUUUACCUAUUUAUUCAUUUUGGCUGAAUGAAACCACCGUCUCCUUUGAGGGGCUGAAUCCUGAAGUGUCUGAGAAGAGUUUGCGAACUCUACCUUCUGUCUCGUCUUGUGUUUUGUCUCCUUUUAAUUACGAUCCUUCUGUUUUGUUCUUUUCCAGCCCGAGAACAUUCUUUGUGUCAGCAGAGCCACUAACAAGAUUAAAAUCAUCGACUUCGGCCUGGCCAGGAGGUAAAACACGUUCCUCUGUGAGAGCUUUGUUGGCUCACCUUUCGUAGGAAAACGUUCUCAUGUGUUUCUGCUCUGACAGGUACAAACCCAGAGAGAAGCUCAGGGUCAACUUUGGUACUCCUGAGUUUUUGGCUCCUGAAGUCAUCAACUACGAGUUUGUUUCAUUCCCCACAGACAUGUGGAGCCUCGGCGUCAUCACCUACAUGCUGUGAGUAAAGAACCUGCUUCACUACUUCAUUUUAGUACCAAACAGCAGCAUCCCUGACCUGAUUUUUCUUCUCUCGCUCCAGGCUCAGCGGUUUAUCUCCGUUUCUGGGUGACGAUGAUAACGAGACGUUGAACAACAUCCUGGCCUGUCAGUGGAACUUUGAGGAAGAGGAGUUCACGGACAUCUCGGAGGAGGCCAAAGACUUCAUCACCCUCCUGCUGGUGAAGAGUAAGAGCUGGAGGAUGAGUGCGGCAGAGUCCCUCAGACACCCCUGGCUGUCAGACCGGAGUCUGCACUGUCGGCUACAUCAGAAGGUGAGGAUUAUGUUAAUGUAGAUGUUGUCAGAGCUCUAAAAACACACAUUUAAUACCUCUUUAUAUCAGCUGUUUGCAAACUUGUACAUAGUCAAAGAAUAAAUAUUACCAAAAUAAAAUCCAAUUAACUCUUUUGGUGAUAAAAGGCUUAAUUAUCAGGCUAAUUCCUCUGUAUUUAAACUGGUUAUCAUUGUUUCAACCAUGUCUCAGGACUGUUUUAAUCCUUAUUGGUUAGUUGCAAAAAAUGUGCCAAUUUAAUAUCUUAUUGUAUAUUUUAUAGUGGCCCUCUGCUGGUCAGUAGAGAGAAUGCAGGAUUGAGACGUUCCUCACUUUGUAAUGUGGAGUCUGUGAUCAAUUCUUUUGUGUGAUCGAUAGGAAACUUUUUUUUCCCCAACAUUUUUUAUUGAGUUUUCCUUGGAUGUGUUUCAACAGCAAACGUCAGGGCACAAGGGAUUCAAUUCAACACCAAAAUAAUGAUGAUAAUAAUAAUAAUAAAAAUUUAAAAGAAAAAAAUAAAUAAAUAAGAUGAGCAAGUCUGUAAAUAUCAAAGUAAAAAAAAUGCCAAGAUCAUACAGAAUCAGAUCAUACCAAAACAAUGCAAAUAAAAUAAAAUAAAAUAACCACAUCAAGGAAAUAGAGAGGAAAUAAAUAAAAUAAAGUAAAACAAACAAAAAAUAAAUAAAUAAAAAUAAUAAAAUAAAAAAUUAAAUAAAGUAAAGAAAAACAAACAAACAAAAAAAGAGUAACAAAUUAUAACAUAAAGAAUAAAGUACAGUUUAACACAAAAAAGAGUAAAAAAAAAUAUUAUAAUAAAAAAUUUAGUAAAGUAAAACAAACAAACAAAAUAAAUAAAUAAUAAAAUAAAAAAUAAAGUAAAGUAAAACAAAAGGAGCCAAAAAAUAAGAUUUAAAAAUGAAAAAAAAGAUUUAAAAAAGGGAGGGGAUCUUUUCUCUGAUCGAUGGAAAAUCUUCUAUUUGUGAAGUUAUCAUACUGGAACAUUAUAAUUGAGUGUCUACACAGACUUAGGUAUCUGAUGAUAUUGUUGAUCAUAUUAAAAACUGAGACGGGAGGAUGAAAGAGAGAAAACCAGGAUACUCAAGUCCGUGUAAACACACUCAUAGAUUAUCUCAUUAAUUAGUGUUAACAGUGAAUUUUAUAUUGUUGCAGAAAAACAAGUGUCACUCCACACACGCCCCGUCUCCAGAGAGCCCAGCAGGUGAGUGGAUGAAUGUUUACCAGUCGGCCUGUUGAACAAGUUCUCUUCUAAUCAGUUUUGGUGUUCCUGCUUUUACCCUCAACAUAAAACCUGAUCUGUUCCUUUUUGUUCUCCAGGAACGCUGUGA